AUGGCGACUGCAGCAUCUUCACCCCUGGCCAGCUCUCCAGAGAAGACAAAUGGAAACAAGCUGAGCAGGCUUCUCAUCGAUGGCGGAACAACAGUACUGAGGAAUAUAUUCGAUCACUAUCACCCACCUGCCAUCUUGGCUUCUGGUCUCAAUUCCAAUUACUCCGUUCUUAGCAACCUUGAGCGUAGAAGAGUUCUAAAUGGCCGUCAGUGGAACAAACUCUUCCCCCCUGGUGGAAAGCUACCAGACUCUAACACAUUUGACAUCACUCUUCUGUUCCUUCUACUAACCAACAUUUGUGGUUUAUCCCCUCCCCUGACAGGAUGGCACACCAAGCCAUCCCCUGGUGAUAACUCUCUUGAGGCUAACCUUGCUCGCGUUAAGUUCUUUCGGAAUGAGUUGUAUGGUCACGUAACGUUCACGGGGGUUGAUGCGACAUCUUUCUCCUCCUUCUGGCAAGAAAUAAGCACCACUCUUUAUUCGCUCGGUUUAGAUCAAGCAGAAAUUGACAGACUGAAGGCAGAGCAUGGAGGAGAGGACGAUUACCUUAAUGCCUUAAUUGAGUGGGCUGACAGUGAAGAGGACAUAAAAACGCAGCUGAAGGAUAUCCACCAGACACAACUAAAACUCAGCAAAACAGUUGAAGAUGGCACUUUAAACCUGGAAGAGCUACGUCAAGCCCUAAGCAAAACUCAGGAUGUUGUAGAGGAGGCAGUGGAGAUAGAACUCAAAGGACAUCAAGAAUUGAGGGUAGCACACCAGGAAAGCAUGUCACGUUUAGAGGAAGUGUGUGAGUCCCAAACUAAAACCAGCCAAGCUGUGGACGAAAUUCGUGAAUCAAUCCAAGAAGUAACACAGGAAGUAAAAGGCUCGACGAAAACGAAAAGCGAGCACGCAGAUGAGGUGCUUAGAACCCUUGUGAAGUUUGAAUUCAAAGGAGAUAUAGAGUAUCAUGCAAAGAAAUUCCAGGAAGGAACUCGUGAGUGGAUCUUCAAGAGCAUCGAAGACUGGUUAGACGACCGGAGCUCGCCACAUCGGGCGAUGGUAAUCAGUGGAAAUCCAGGGAUGGGAAAGACUGUUAUCUCCGCUGUUGUUUCGCAAAGAAUUAAAAAAGCUGGAAGACUCUCGGGAGUCCACUUUUGUCAGCAUGACGAUUCACGGUACCGUGAUCCGCGUUUAAUGCUCCAGUCUUUGGCCUGCCACUUGUGUCAAGCGAUGCCAAAUUACAAAGAUGCUCUAGUGGAACAGCUGUCAAGAAAUCUUGGUAAAGAUCUCAACAACAUGGGGGUAAAAGAGCUGUUUGCAUUGCUGUUUAAAGAGCCUCUAAGCACAGUACAAGAUCCUGGAAGAAACACCCUAAUAGUCAUAGAUGGCCUCGAUGAAAGCGAAUACAAAGGACGCAAUGAGCUUCUACAUGUAAUCAGUAACCAUUUCUCUAUGCUUCCAGUCUGGAUUAGAAUUAUGAUCACAACUCGUCCAGAGAAGAACGUUACAGAGGCAUUGCGACAUUUGAAACCAAUAGAGCUUGAACAAAAACAAGAAGAAAACUUAAAGGACAUUCAAACCUUGUUUGAAACACAACUCAGCCUCAAAAUUGGUGAGGAGCAUAAACAUGUUGUCUUGAAAGAGCUGGUCAAGAAAUCAGAAGGCCUGUUUAUUUACGCUUACUUUAUAGUAGAUUUUAUCCAAAAGAAUGUUUCAAUUCUCACUCCUGAUCAGCUGGAAAGUGUGUUACCUUCAGAUAUUUCUUCUGUUUACUUGUCCUAUUUUACACGGUUAGAGGAUCAACUUUGCAAAGAGCUUAAUACAGAUGAGGAACAUUUUUUGUGUUUCCUGUGUGCAUUGGCCGCUGCAAGGGAACCAUUACCAGUAGAAUUCAUUGCCAAAAUUCUAAACCCGGGAGGAAAAUCUUUGACUGCGCAACGAAAAGUUAAAAAAGCAAUAUCUUGCAUUUCUACACUGUUACCAGUUCGAGAGGGUCGUCUUCACUUUUUUCACAAGUCAAUCAAGGACUGGCUAAUAGCAUCAUCGCCCUAUGAACAAAAUGAUUUAGCGGUGGACGAGAAAGAAGGUCAUAUUGUCCUUUCUGAUCUUUGUGCUUCUGAACUCGAAAGCUUGCAGCGAAAAGGGGUUCAUGGCAAACAGUUUUCGACUACUGAAACAUAUGCUUUGCAUCAUGGUACUCAGCACAUGCUUGAGGUCACCGAUCAUGACUGCGCUGACAAAACAAGAACCAAUAGUGUCACAGCAGAACAGGUGUACCGAUACGCAACGGACCUAGAGCUUAUUUAUGCAAAGCUUUGCGUUAAGAGCACAACAGCCAUAGAAGAUCUUCUUAGCCUCCACCGUGAGAAAUCCAGAAUAGUAAGCGAGGAAAGAGAUUUUGUUGUGACUUCUCUCCUCAGUCUUCUAAGAAAACACUCUUACAUCUUGUUUGAUUACCCUCACCUAUUUUUCCAGUGUUUGAUUAACGAAGGUACCCCUGAAUUGUCGUCUACAGCAUCAGGUACUGUUGAGUCAUUAACUCCCAAAAUGCCAUGCAUGAAGUUCUUAGACAAUGACAAACAAAAGGGAGCAGUCCAGGCAAGAUUUGAGUGUUCAGAUAAAAUAGCAUGUUUUGAUGUUUCACCUGAAAUGGACUACAUGGUAUGCGAGUGUCGAGAUGAAACAAUCCAUUUGUUUUCUCUGAAGUUUGGUACCAAAGUAUGGGUUCAACCAUCAUCUACACAGAGAAAGUAUUGGCCUAGAGAAUUAAGUGGGAAUGGUGCAUAUCGGCAAAUUGGGCAUUCCCUGUCAUUCUACCAUUCUGUCAUCUUUCAUCCAAAUGGAAAGUCGGUACUACCAGGAACUCUUCGAUAUGUUUACACAAUAAGUGGAGACAGAGAAGACCUUUAUCCGGACAGCGACUGUUCAUUCUCAAAUUGCGUUGUACGUUCUCUUUCUGACACUGAGAACAUAAUUUUCACAACUUGCUAUACAGAGCCAAAGCGAAUAAAAAUUUGGGAUAUGAAAAAUGGCCAAUUAAUCAAUCAAUUAAUCGAGUGCGAUGCAGAAAUUGCUUCCUUUGCCAUUUCUGAAGAUUGGUCACUUAUUGCUAUUUCUGACAUUACUAAUACAAUUACUGUUUUUGACGUAGACAACCAGUCUGGCUUGAAAUUACCACUCGGUAAAGAUGAUUAUCAAUCGGUUUGUGGAUUGAUGCAAUUCACAUCCGACAAUAACACUCUGGUUUGCUGCUUUCUAUAUUGGCGUUGUGAUGAAGCCGGUUGCCUAUUAGAAGAAGAAAGAAAACCAAGAUUUACCUUCAUUACGCCGGUAAAUAACAUUUCGUUACCUGAUCCUCAUUUUGAGACUCUGGAAUUUCGAACCUUUCUCUUGUGGCCCUUUGUUCCACAAAACACUUUGACUCAAUCCACUUUCAUGGGGCAGAAUGAAGGACCUUCCUGGGUAUCGAAGGUGCAGAGAGAGAUUCCACAUUUGUUCUCAGGUUCCUACAUCAGUCUAAACGAUGAAAGAAUUUUGGUUGGUAGCCCAGAUCACAAAAACGUGACGAUGUUAAAUGUUGGUCUACUGCAGAGGGAGUCCGAUUCGACUUACACUUCGAACGUUAACAUGGAUGUCAGGAAGAUUAUUUUUUCUAUGGAAGGUGAUGCAAUAUACGUCGUAAGCUCAGGCAGGUUUGUCCAGUUUAGUACAGAAGUGGUAGAGAUAACUAUCUGGAAAAUGUCAAGUCAAGAAUUGCUGGAGACUAAGACAUUCUUUGGUCCCGUGUCGAUCGUUCCAACGAAGGAAGGUCCUGUACUUUUUAAAAAUGAUCGUGUAGCAGAGUUGUGGAAUUUCAAGCUGUCGAAGUGCAUUCGAAGUAUUGUUAAACUAACUAGUGAUACUAGUAUUUUAUGUAAAGUAACCAUUAUCCCGGUAUCAGAUGAACUGAUAGCCUUUUUUUAUGCAGUGAAUUCAUACGAAUCAAUUUAUGUCAGAAGUCCGCACGAGUCGGAAGAAACUGAACACUCACUUGAUGAUUUAUUAGAAGGAUUAGUUUUCGGGGAUUAUAGAAAUUAUCGUCUUGACUUUAUAGACAUAUCCAGCGUUGGAGGAAGGCUUGUUUCCUCGCUAAGCAUGGGAGUUGGCGCCAAAGAAUACGUAGACUAUGUCUCAUGCAGUAGUUGUUUGGGCGAAGUGUUGGUUUGCACUGUCGAAGAUAUAUCCGAGGGAUUACCUAUAGACAACGAGAAGCUCACUGUUAGCUUAAGAAAGAACAGAAUAAUUAAAUGGGAACGAAACACAGAAUACGUGUUCUCAUUGUCUCCGUUCCAACAGCACAUGAUUUUCUCACCCAGGAAUGAGUUUGUUGUCACGUGGAAUACUCUCGACAGGGGCCAAGGUAUACACGUUCUUCAGGCGGAAACUGGAGAGACAUUGCAUGUCUUUCUUAGAGACCAGAAAGACAUUAUUGAAUGUAAGUUUUUAGAUGAUGAAUCUCUGGUAUGCUGCAGUGGAGAUAACUUCCUUCGAUUGUAUAAUGUCAGAACCGGAGACCUUCUAAGUGUUUUAGACAUUGGAGACCAACCUUUCUGUCUGGGAGCAUGUUUGUACCAGCCUCUUAUUGCCAUUGGUUUGUCCGGCACAAGAAUAAAAUUCGUCCACGUACAGUUACCAACAGAAUCUAAAAAGAAGAAAUAAAGGUGAGCCUUUCUCUAGUCGGUCAAAAAUAGGCACACGGCCAGUUUCGCGAGUUAAUGUAACCUAACAGUACCUAGACUCUACGAGUUCUCUCUAUUUUUUCAGUCCGUAGCGCGAAAGGCUCGAGACACGAAAAUAACCACGCGCGCGACUGAAUGUGCAGGCUCUCUCUCUCGCGUGUACUUUUUUCACUAAAAAGUUAAUUUGAAGAAAAUAGGAGAUUAUUUGCAGCCUAAACCAGGAGGAAAAAUUAAUUAUGGCUCCUGGUCUAAACAGUGCCCACACCUCAACAAGAUAAGUAGAUAUACGUCUAGAGUGAAUCUUAUUCUUACAAAUUUGCGCACGAAAGUUCAUAAAUAAACGUUACAGUUCUCAUUCAUUCAUUCAUUGAUAUUAAUUUGGUUCUUAAUUCAAAGCAUUGCGAAAUAAAUGAAACUAAUUGAACGUUACAGUUCUCAUUCAUUCAUUCAUUGAUAUUAAUUUGGUUCUUAAUUCAAAGCAUUGCGAAAUAAAUGAAACUAAUUGACAGUUAAUCAAAUAAUGAGAAGAAUUCAUAAGAAGAGAUAUUAAAGUAUCAAGUGAAAGUGAUUUGAAGUCAGGUAUUUUAGUUUCUAGUUUGGAGAAAAAUGCGUCUCUGAUCUGAGAAUAAGCCUUACAAUCUAGUAAGAAAUGGUUUUCAUAUGAUCUGAUAUGAUGGUGAGGCAGGGAAAGAAUAUGGAAAAUCUAAGAAAAAAAACCAUGUUUGAAAUUACCUAAAAUCAUCGCCAUCAAGUCCAUGACUUACAGCAACUUUAAGAAUUAUUUUAUUUCGUAACGUGACAUAGCAUUAAAUUUCGCAACUUUAAGUUUUCUUGCACUCCAGUUUUCGCUGGUAGUAGAUUUCAGGAUUGUUUUGAAUUUGCGAAAAACGCGAACUUUAGAUUCCACCUUACUUAUUAAAAUAACCCAAGUGAAUUUCUGUUUUCAGUUGCAGUUUUAACGCAGGUAAAUUGAGCAACUUCUGAUGACCUGACACUAGCCAAGCACAAAGAGCUGGAUUCUGGAUGAAAAGAAAUAAUUGCAAAAGUUUGGAUUUAAAUUUAUUUGAAGAGCCCUUGAUGCAAGCUGCUAUAAAGAGACAUGUAUAUCAUGAACUUUGAAAUUUCGCACAUUAACAGAGUAGCGGAUGUAGGGAGGGGCCGGGGGGUGGGGUGGGUCGGAGGGAGGAUCCGUUAAAGCACCAAUCAGACUAACUGCUAAAAUUUGAAACUGGAAAAAAGAAUGAAUAUUAGUAUACACAGCCUUCCUUUAGUAGCUUACAAUGGAACUUGUUUUGCACCCUUAACCAUAAUCAGUACACCUUUUUAACCACGUCGCACUGGCUUGUUAUAUAAAUCGACGAAAUCUGGACAAAACGUAAAACUAAACCAACUAGAAAAACGUUGUAAAACUUUUUUGUAUGGCUUUUUUUGUGAAUGUUCCAGAUGUCUGAAAAUGACUCACAUCUCCCAGUAACACGGUAGUAAAAACAUGCAGGGUUUAAUAUACUAAAGUACGGUGUGAUAUAAGAGUCAUGUUAACACUCUUUGUCUGGCCUGCACCGCACCACACUCUUUCUGAGACUUUACAGGCGCGUCACCUUGAGUUUAAUUUACUAGUUAAAAUUGUGUGUUGCACGAUUAUCAUGACAUUAGUGGUUUAUAUAGUUGACUUUUCCUUGUAGAAGUAAUAGAGAGCUUAAGCAACAAGGAAGGCGACGGCUACGAAAACGUCACUCAAAAAGUGAAUUCGCGCCGCCUCAAACUUUAUCGCGCCUGUUCCAUCUCGUUUAAUUCGUCAAAUGUUGGUAAAUUUUUUUGGAGUUGAAUUCUAAAGGACUCUAUCAAAGUUCAAGAAAUGAAAAAGAAAGUUGUUGUCUUGAGUGGCCGUCCUCGACAAAACGCGAAAUUAUGCAGUUUCACGUCGUAGUCGUGCAACGAAGGCUAAGAAAUGUACAAAAAAGCGUGAUGCACGUGCAAAGUUGUUGUUUUGCCUAUCUAAACUUCUUAGGGUUUUUAUUUGCCGUUCUCGUUGCCGUCGCCGUCGUCGUUGCUUAAGCUUCCUAAUGUUUAAUCUUACCUAUCUCCUCCUCUUUAAACCUCCUAGAUCCAGCCACGUGACCUACCCUGCUUGCAGAGGUUUGUCUGUUCCGGCAUGGUUUUAAGCAUUAAGGACGUAAAGAAGCCAAUUACAUUUAGGCGAAUGUUAGCAAUGAAAAAGACUUCAUAAAUGCUUAAAACCACACCGAAAAGAAACCUCUGCUGGCAGGGUAACGUUACCAUGUUGUUACUGUGUAACAGUGGAGUAAAAAGGGCGAACUACUGGUUUUCUUUUUUCGUAAAAUGGCUGGCAAUGAAACCAAUUUAUUACUCGAGGUUCACGAUUUGAUUUUCCGGAUAUGUUACGAACUGUAUAUGUUUUAAGGUCAACCUGGUGGUACAAUCAUGAAAUAGCAAAGUGCCAGAAAACUGAAAUAAUUUAUGGGGUCAUGUUGUACAGUGGACCCUGCAUAAUCAACGUCCCAGUACAAUGUCAAGUACAAAGUACACAGUCAAACUGCGUUAAUACGGACACUAAAGGAACCAUAGACAGUGUCCUUAUCAACGGGGUGUCCGUAUCUAGCGGGUUGGAUUUAGAGAAAAUAUAAGGGCUUUGUUUUCCCAGGGACAAAGCAAACUGUCCAUAAAAAUGAGGUGUCUGUAUUAAGCAGGUGUCCGGCGUAAAGCGGGUUUUGACUGUAUGGAACAAUACCCUACAAGAGAGGAUUCUCUCCUGGCACCCAAUAUAACUUUUAUAUACCUUCUUUUUAUUAGGUGCAAUUACAACACAUGGUAAAUUUAUUUCCAUCUUGAAAAUAAAACCACAAUAAUAGUAAUUAUUAGUUUUUUAUCCAUGGAAGGGAUAUGAGAUCCUGUUCAUAGACCGUUGCCAUUAAAAAAUUUGCCUCAGAACGUUUGCCACAUACAUUGACGAAUGUUUCCGUGCAUGUCAUGUAAAGGUUAUUUAAUUCCCUUGGUAAUAAAAGUGUUCCUGAAACUCUAUAUCUGGAUUCUUCAAUAGGGGGGUCUUGCUGUUCCAUAGUUACUUUUCCUAUUUUGACUGAGGCGAAGAAUAUGAUUAGUUAUACUAGCGGGGUCCAUGUCCUUCGUUACGUAGGAGUUGUAUCGAGGUUCAACUACGUGUAUCCAGAUAUCAGUUAAGUUGUACAUUCUCAUCGUACUCCUCAUCAGCUUUUCUAAACUACAGUUCUGUUGGAGGGAAUGAGAUAGCCUGCAUGGCGUGCCUUCCUCGUGGGCCUUUUUCUUUUUUGCCCCCAUUUGUUGGAUUAUAAAUAAGCGCUUGCCGAUUGGUACUCACUGAUGCAAAACAUAAAUGGCACUCCCUUUUUCUAAUUGUAAAGUUUUCGAAACAAUCAAGCAACAUAAGUCUAUGCAAAUAAAAACAUGAGUUUGUCGUACUCAAACUGUUUAAAUUUGAGAUUCAUUGAUGGGCCAUGUCACUUAGAACACUUUGUUUCUUAAUGAAACAUGUCCAGGGAUCUACACCGAAGAAGCUUCGUUAGAGAAUGUGCCAGCAGAGAGGUACGUUUAUCAAAAAAUAGCUUCAGGGCCUUGUGUACUCCACAGAUCGUUUCACAGGGCAUUUAUCGAGGCAUCUUAAUGUAUCCACCUCGAUAUUUUACUUUUACUAUGUAGUGCAAUUUUGUUUAGAUUACUUCUGUAAAUUACGUUUGGGAUUCUGAAAAAACUUCUGGGAUUGAUGCCAACAUCUUGCAACUUUCAAAGCUUCUAGAACAGUUUCAGCAAAGAGCGUAAGAAACGAAUAGAUAAACAUUCCGCGAAGCAGACAUUAUAUUUCCCUUUUAUGUCUCUUAAGCUCUAUUAGCUUCUAGCUUCUUGCUCAGUGCAAUUUUUAAUUCAAAGCUUUCUGUCGCCAUUAGCUCCCGAUAAUAUCGAACGAAAGAAUAUCCUUUGCCACCCUAGAAAGACCGUACAUCUUUAUAUUUCCGCCUAGACAACACCAGGCGGGUUUGACAGAGACUGGUUUGAGCUAUGAACACCUGUGAGCGUCCAGUUCAAGUACAUGCAAGUACGUCGUUUACCUUGUUUCUGUCUACUGAUGAUGUCUGCAUCGAUCUGCAAGUUUAUGCUUCUCAUUUCCCUUCGCUGUUAAACUCGUAGGUUAACGUGGCCCAUAAAGUAAGGUGCACGCCUAAAAGCUUACACGGUUGAUAACCCAGUCAGUUAUUGCGCGUUUUAUAUGACACAGCUCUUCUGCUUUUCGCGAAAAACAAAUCAACAAGCAGCGCGUUUUUCAGAAACCUUGUAAAGAAUUUACAAGUGCACGAAAUCCAGUGGUCAUUAAAUUCUGAGUGUAUACAGUCAAGUGAUGACUUACAAUGUAGUGAAACUGCUAAUUCAUUAUACGGUUUCAAUUUGCAUUACCGUACUUCAAAAAUACCUUAUCACAUCUACGGGCAAUUAUUUGUAUUGAUGACAGUCAGAGAGUGAGUUACUUUUUCAAAUUGAGUGUCGCGGAUAUAAGAAAAUUAAUAUGGUCCAUAUGUCUGGGUUGUCGACAAUUUCCACAUUUGUUUUGCCUGUUAAUGUUGUGUUGCUUAGGUAUAUUUUAUCACCCUCCUUCUCUUUGCAAUUCAAUAGACCGAUAAUUUGUUCAUUCAGUUGGCUUCAAAUGAAAUGAUAAUGUAUAAUGUUUGGUUCUAACAAACCUCCUGGCAGUAAACUUGAUUUCCAAACUUUUAAUGUUACGUAUUUGCUUCUAUGCACAAAGGAAACGCCAUGUAUAAUUAAAGCAAUUACUAUUAAUAGCUCCCUGAAUAUCUAGCAAAGCGGAACUUUGGGACUUCACAGCUCUAGUCCUUUUAAUGCGCUCGGCUAGCCAACUCAAAUCAAACACGAUAGUUGUUCCAGUUCGGUUCAGUGCACAAAAUACCCUCGACAGGUAAUAAGUUAAACACCCUCCUUGAGGGGAUUGGUUGUAAAUUUUUUCAUGUAUAUCAUGAUCGUAUUCCUAUUAAUAGUCACGUAUUAACAAUAUUCUCUAACUCUCUUUACGGAUGACUUGGUCUUGGUUUCAUGGUCACAUAAAAACAAAGCAAAACAGUGACGGAGCGAGUUAAUCGUUGUAGUGUGACCCACGUUAUAUUUUUUUGUCCACAUAGGUCCAGAAUGAAUUUCCAAGACAUGAAUAUCUUCUGCAUUAGGUUGCUAAAUGGCGACAGCAGCACCUUCACCCCUGGCCAGCUCAAGAGAGAAGACAAAUGGAAACAAGCUGAGCAGGCUCCUUAUCGAUGGUGGAACAACAGCACUGAGGAAUAUUUUUGAUGCUAUUCACCCUCCUACCAACUUAACGUCUGAUCUCAAUUCCAAUUACUCCAUUCUUAACAACCUUUUGCGUAGAAGAGUACUAAAUGGCCAUCAGUGGGACAAACUCUUCCCCUCUGGUGGAGGGCUACCAGACUCCAACACGUUUGACAUCACUCUUCUGUUCCUUCUGCUAACCAACAUUUGUGGUUUAUCCCCUCCCCUGACAGGAUGGCACACCAAGCCAUCCCCUGGUGACAAUUCUCUUGAGGCUAACCUUGCUCGCGUUAAGCUCUUUCGGAAUGAGCUGUACGGUCACGUGACGUCCACGGGAGUUAAUGCGACAUCUUUCUCUACGUUUUGGCAAGAAAUAAGCACCACUCUUUAUUCGCUCGGUUUAGAUCAAGCUGAAAUUGACAGACUGAAGGCAGAGCAGGGAGGAGAGGAAGAUUACCUUGAUGCCUUAAUUGAGUGGGCUGACAGUGAAGAGGACAUAAAAACACAGCUGAAGGAUAUCCAUCAGACGCAACUUAAACUCAGUAAAACGGUUGAAGAUGGCACUUUAAAGAUGGAAGAGCUACGUCAAGCCCUUAGCAAAACUCAGGAUGUCGUAGAUGAAGCAGUGGAAAUAGAACUCAAAGGACAACAAGAAAUGAGGGCAGCACAGUCACGUUUAGAGGGAGUGUGUGAGUCCCAAGACGAAAUUCGUGCGUCAAUUCAAGAGGUAAAAGAGGAAGUAAAAAACUUGACGAAAAAGAGAAACGAGCAGGUAGAUGAAGUGCUAAGAACUCUUGUGAAGUCGGAAUUCAAAGGAGACAUAGAAUUUCAUGCAAACAAAUUCCAGGAAGGAACUCGUGAGUGGAUCUUCAAAAGUAUUGAAGACUGGUUAGAUGACCAAGCAUCGCCAUAUCGGGUGAUGGUAAUCAGUGGAAAUCCAGGGAUGGGAAAGACUGUUACCUCCGCUGUUGUUUCGCGAAGAAUGCAAAAGGUUGGAAGACUCUCGGGAAGCCACUUUUGUCAGCAUAACAAUUCAAGGUACCGAGAUCCGCGUUUAAUGCUCCAGUCUUUGGCCUGUCACUUGUGUCAAGCGAUGCCAAGUUACAAAGAUACUCUGGAAAAACAGCUGUCAAGAAAUCUGGGAAAAGACCUCAACAACAUGGGUGUAGAAGAACUGUUUGCGUUGCUGUUCAAAGAGCCUCUAAGCACAGUACAAGAUCCUGGAAGAAACACCUUAAUAGUCAUAGAUGGCCUCGAUGAAAGCGAGUACCAAGGACGCAAUGAGCUUCUACAUGUAAUCAGUAACCACUUUUCUAUGCUUCCAGUUUGGAUUAGAAUUUUGAUCACAACCCGUCCAGAGAGGAGCAUAACAGAGGCAUUGCGACAUUUAGAUUCAAUCGAGCUUAAACAAAAGCAAGAGGAGAACUUAAAUGACAUUCAAACCUUGUUUGAAAAUCAACUCAGCAACAAAAUUGGAGAAGAGCAUAAAGAUGUUCUCUUGAAAGAGCUGGUUAAGAAAUCAGAAGGCCUGUUUAUUUACGCUUACUUUAUAGUGGAUUUUAUCCAAAACAAUGUUUCAGUUCUCACCCCUGAUCAGCUGGAAAGCGUAUUGCCUUCAGGUAUUUCGUCCGUUUACUUGUCCUAUUUCAAACGGUUAGAGAAUGAACUUUGCAAAGAGCUUAAUGCAGAUGAGGAACAUUUUUUGCGUUUCCUGUGUGCAUUGACAGCUUCAAGAGAACCAUUACCAGUAGAAUUCAUUGCCAAAAUUCUAUACCCUGGAGAAAAGUCUUUGACCGCGCAGCGAAAAGUUAAAAAAGCAAUAUGUUGCAUCUCUACACUGUUACCAGUUCGCGAGGGUCGUCUUCACUUUUUUCACAAGUCAAUUAAGGACUGGAUAACAGCAUCAUCGCCCUAUGAACAACAUGAUUUCACCGUGGACGAGAAAGAAGGUCAUGACGUCCUUUCUGAUCUUUGUGCUUCUGAACUCGAUAGCAUCAAGCAAAAAGGGGUUCAUGGCAGACAGUUCUGUUGGUCCUAUGUAUUCUAUGUUUAUAUACUAAGCCUUAACAAACAGAGAAAUACUCAAAUAUAA